AAGUAUUUGGGCAAUAAUGAUCAGUAUUUUUAUUCUUGGGACCAUUUCUGUGGCUUCUGGGUUUGAGGCGGGAAUAAAAGCCUCAUACUUCCCUGUGCCUCAAUUCAGUUCACUUGGACGAAUCAACUCCAACACAGAAGUUUCCGAGGUCAAGUCAGACCUUGCUUCUGUGAAAUCCCGACAAGACGAAACCGAUGAGAAGUUGGAAAAGAUCUUGGAGCAGAUGAAAAGUCUUAAAUCCUGCACCAAGGGAGAGGAAGUAUCAGAGAUGAAGUCAGAGCUGACGUCCUUUGGGUUGCGACAAAAAGAAACAGAGACAAAGCUUCAAGACAUCUCCUCUAAGGUCGACAGAGCCAUGAAAACACUGAAAACAGACGUUAGCAAUCUGGCUUUGAGGAAACCAGCAUACGGAAGCAGAGACUGGGACCAGUAUUCCAAUCCUAACCAUGUGGUUGAUGGUGACAAGCACGGCAUACGCAUAAGAGAUCAAUGUUUUACCUCCGCUGAAUCGAGACCUUGGUGGAUGGUUGACUUGCAGGAUAUCUAUGAUAUCUAUAACGUCACCCUUUACAGACGGACGGAGGGUUACGCUUUCAGAUUUCGUGACCUGGAAAUCCUAGUUUAUAAAGAAAACCCCAUGGAGAACAACAGUUCUCAGACGAUGACAUGUGCACAAAAGAAAGGACAAUUAUCAAGACCUGAAGUUCUGACCUGCAACCCACUGACAACGGGUCGAUUUGUGCUGUUGCGUUACAUACCACCAACUAAAGCCAUUCUCACAGUCUGCGAAGUUGAGGUCCGUGGAAAACUCUUUAAAGGGUAACUACAGAGAGUUCGCGACGUUCAAGAAAGUGUCACAUUAUCUGACGUAAUAAAAAGCCUCUUCAU